CUUUCCACACUAUCUACCCAAACACACAUUUGUAGUAUAUAUCACCACAAAAUCCAACCCAACCCGUAGCCCAACCCGAACCAAAAGGUGCUUGUUGUGAACUCUUUGAAGCUCGGGGGCUCGGUUUCUUGUUUUGUAUAGUUUGAUCAAAAUGCAGUUACAUAUAUCUCCAAGUUUACGACAUGUUACGGUGAUGACUGGGAAAGGUGUGAGGGAGUUCAUAAAAGUUAAAGUCGGGUCUCGAAAAUUGUCUUACAAGACACUUUUCUAUUCACUCUUGUUGUUCACUUUCCUUAUGCGAUUCAUCUAUGUUUUAAGCUCGGUUGACAUCAUUGAUGAUCAAACCAAAUGCUCCACCAUUGGUUGCUUGGGGAAGAAGCUAUCACCCGCUGUAUUAAGGGGAAGAAACCUUCAGUCAGCUUCAGCUGUACCACAAGUAAUAUAUCAAGUCUUGGAAGAGCCAUCCAGCCAUGAUGAGAUAGUUGGAGGGCCAAAUAUCCCUCAAACUUUAGAAGAAUUUGUUACUAGUAUGAAAGGCAGCAAUAGACCAGAUGCAAAGACCUUUGCCAUCAAGCUUAAAAACAUGAUAACACUUCUUGAACAAAGGACUAGAACAGCUAAAAUCCAAGAAUACCUCUACCGCCACGUGGCAUCCAGUAGCAUACCGAAAAACCUCCACUGUCUAGCCCUCCGGCUAGCCCACGAGCACGCCAACAAUGCCGCCGCACGCCUCCAACUCCCUGUGCCAGAGCUUGUCCCGACCCUCGUUAACAACUCCUACUUCCACUUUGUUCUUGCAUCAGAUAACGUUCUUGCAGCAUCGGUUGUAGCAACAUCUCUUGUUUACAACUCGUUAAGACCCGAAAUGGUGGUUCUUCAUAUAAUCACUGACAGAAAAACUUACUCCCCAAUGCAAGCAUGGUUUUCUUUGCACCGUUUAGCACCCGCAGUGAUUGAGGUCAAGGCGUUGCACCAUUUUGAUUGGUUUGCAAAGGGAAAGGUCCCGGUUUUGGAGGCUAUGGAGAAGGAUCAAAAGGCUCGGGCUCAGUUUAGAGGUGGGUCAUCGGCGAUUGUGGCUAAUAACACCGAGAAACUGCAUGUCAUUGCUUCUAAGUUGCAAGCUAUGAGUCCCAAGUACAACUCACUUAUGAACCAUGUGCGAAUUUAUCUUCCACAGAUGUUUCCGAGUCUUAACAAGGUCGUGUUCCUAGACGACGACCUUGUGGUUCAAUCUGAUUUAUCACCUCUAUGGGAGAUCGACAUGAACGGAAAAGUGAACGGAGCCGUUGAAACGUGUAGAGGGAGCGAUAAAUUUGUAAUGUCAAAGCGGUUCAAGAGCUACUUAAACUUUUCUCACCCAUUAAUAUCGAAGAACUUCGAUCCAAAUGAAUGUGCUUGGGCUUAUGGCAUGAACAUAUUUGAUCUUGAAGCCUGGAGAAAAACUAACAUAAGUGAGAAUUACCAUUACUGGCUUGAAGAGAACUUGAAGUCGGAUCUGAGUUUGUGGCAGCUAGGAACUUUACCUCCUGGUUUGAUAGCGUUUCAUGGUCAUGUGCAUGUUAUCGACCCGUUUUGGCAUAUGUUGGGGCUCGGGUACCAAGAAAAUACAAGUGCAGUGGAUGUUGAACGAGCGGCGGUUAUUCAUUUUAACGGUCGAGCAAAACCGUGGUUAGAUAUAGCGUUUCCGGAGCUAAAGAAACUAUGGACAAAGUAUGUCAAUUACUCAGAUAAGUUUAUCAAGUCAUGCCACAUUACAGCAGCUUAGAAAGGAUACAACAAUCACACUACAUUUUUUUUGGUAUAUUGCCAUGUGUAUCAUCAUACCCAUGAGGUUUUGUAUGUUUUGUAUAUCCAUAAAAUUCUUUCA